AAUUCCCCAAUACAGUUCUCUUUUCCUCGUCGGCACCCUUGAAUCGGCAAUUUGCAAAAACUCGGGGACUUGCCGCCGCGGCAAUGGACGAGAACGGAGUGGCUACCGGGCAGUGCAAGUACAGGUGCGGCACUGCCGCGGAGACCCUACAAUGGAUCAAAGCAAUCAUCGAAUUCAUACAACCUUACAACUUCUUGAUCACGGCGCAAGUCGUAAAUUUCUUCACGGACAGACUGUGGGAAGCUUUAGAUAAGGAAUGGGUUGAUUGCCUGCGGAAUGAACCAGUUCAGCACCUUCUUCUCAUUCCUUCCGGUGUAGUUCAGGAUCAUUGGCCGGCUUCUCUCAAGCAAUUCAUUCUCACUUUGAGGUCCCUCGCGUUUCCAAGGGAGCAAGUGAACCUGCAAAAGCUUUUUCCCAAGCUGAACAUGACAUCGCUUAGUAGUGUCCUUUCCCAGGGGAUGAACAAGAAGAAACGACACGAGAUUGAAGUCCUUUCUGCUAUUGUAAGUUCAAUUACAAAUGAAGUGGGUGCAGAAGUGAUUGUUGAUGUUGGUGCUGGUCAGGGGUACCUGGCACAAGUGCUUUCCUUUCAGUACCACCAUCAUGUAGUUGCAAUUGAUGCUUGCUCUCAUCAUGGCAAAGUCACAGAGUCAAGGGCUGAGCGAAUAAGAAAGCACUAUGCUGCUCAAAUGCGUAAAUUGGGUUCAGGAAAUGGGACUAUCAGUACACCCAGGACAAUAACUUGCCGUGUAUUGUCAACUGACAUGCUAAAAUCAUUGGCCGACAUAGUACCACCAGCUGAUGAUGUCAAGGGGGCACAGUUAAUUAACCAAGAUACGGAGGGGAAAGCUUCGUUGGUACUUGCUGGUUUACAUGCUUGUGGUGAUCUUUCAGUGACAAUGCUGAAGACCUUUUCUGAAUGCAAAGAUGCUAAAGCUAUUAUUAGCAUUGCUUGCUGUUACAACUUGUUAUCUGAAGAAUGUUUCAACUCUGCUGGUUCUCAGACCGGAUUUCCUGUGAGCAAUGGUGUUAGAGCCACCAGAAUUUCUCUGGGGAAAAGUUCCCGUGAUCUUGCCUGUCAGAGUGCAGAGAGAUGGAGUUGUCUCGACAAAGAUGCUGGUCUUCAGAAUUUUGAUUUGCAUGCCUUCCGUGCUGUUUUCCAGAAGAUUUCAUUCCCUGUCAAGGUUCUUUUUAAAUACUAUCCUGGAAUCAUAACUUCAAGACCCUCGGUUGGCCGUCAAGGGAAGGCUCUGCGCCGCAAGCAGCAGAGGGGGGUCCCCUAUUCCUUGGAAAAUGCUGAAGGUAAUAAACAUUUCCUCUUGGAAACUUCAAAAAGGACAAACAUUUGUAACAUAAUGCAGCCUCCAGAAUCUAGGUUGUAUGACGAUUAUAACUCAGCACUGAACAUAAAUGCAAACUCAGAUGGUGGAGCUUGUGAUUUGGUUAAUGAAGGACUUGCAGCUCCAGAUAAGUGUACACUCUUUGAGAAAUUCAGUGUGUCUGGACUCUCUCGCCUUGGCCUUGAACCCUUGCAGGAGAUUGAUUUCCAUGAAAUCUGGAGCGAAUCUCAGCCUUAUGCAGAGCUUAUCGGGCCAUAUUGGUCUCUUCGAGCUGCUAUGGGACCUGUUUUGGAAACUUUGCUUUUGCUCGAUAGAUUAUUGUUUCUCCAGGAGCAAGAUGGACUAUUGGAUGUAGCUAUGUUCCCUAUUUUCGACCCUGCAUUAUCCCCUAGGAAUUUAGCUAUAAUUGCUAGAAGAACUUGACGCUAAGGUGCAAAUGAAGCAUUACAAAAAUGGUAUUGGAAUUGCUUGCAUAGGUUGCAUUGCAUUGCUGACGUGGAAGAGAAGUGCAGAUAUGAUCUUGAUGCCCACCUCCUGGUUGAGCAUUUUCUGUCCUACUGGUUGAUGCAAGUUAUGUGGAAUGUCUAACGGGAAACUAUUGGGAACUGUGUAUGUUGCCCCAUGAACGGGUUGAAAUUUUAACGACGCUCUUACAUGUUUUUCUUUUUGUGUAACUCAUCGGCGAAAGCUUUGGUUUUAGUACUAAUACCUUAGCCAAGUGUUUGUGAAUUCCUGGAGGCUUCUUAUGCCAACAUUCGAGUGCGACAGACCUAGUUAGAGUCUUAGUGGUCAUUUCUCAGGGUCCACCUGAGGCUGCUUACUAUUGUUCUGAUGCAAGCACUUGUAGGACCUUGUUAAUGUUUUCCUAGUUUAUGCAAAUAAUUACAGGCUUUGUGAUCAUUAUUGUAAUUUGCUUACCCUACCUGCUUUAUUAUUGUUCCAUUAAACUAGGA